GGAUUUGGCUCCAUUCACCACCACUCUCUGGGCCCGGCCUUCCAGCUAGUUCCUUAUCCAGCCAAGAGUGCACCUGUCCAAGCCUCUGGCUGCCAGCUUCUGCAGGAGAAUGCUGUGGGAGGCAGUGUCAAAGGCUUUGCUGAAGUCUAGGUAGACCACAUCAACAGCCUUUCCCUUGUCUACCAGACAGGUCAGUAGAUCAUAGGAGAUCAGGUUGGUCAAGCAGGACCUGCCCUUUGUGAACCUUUGUGCUGGCUAGGCCUGAUCCCUGGUUGUCCCGCGCGUGCCGUGUGAUCUCCCUCUGCUCCAUAACAUUCCUUGGCACCGAGGUCAGGUUCCACUCUCCAGAAGUUCACCUCUUCUCCCUUUCUCAAAGGCAGAAAUAAGUUCUUGCAACAGACUUACUGCCUUGAAGGGUAUUUUUACAGCUACAUUUCCUAUUUAUAGCCACAGUGCUUUGGCUGCUCUAUAAAUGGUUCUUUCAAAUCUCUCAAAAUAGGAUCACUUUUUUUUAUCUAUCAAAACACUGAAUUAGCUUUCACUCAUACUUCAAUUUAGGAAUCCAUUAUCCCAAGUAUUAGAAAGGUUCUACUGUGAAGCCAAAGUCUAGAAAUCACGAAGGAUUUUUCAGAUUUUUAUCAAAUUUUCAGCAUGCAUUAUAAGUUCUUUUAAUGCUUUAUUGCUGGCUAAAUUUUGCUCUACUAUUUUAGAAAGCAGGAAUUAACUCCAUUUAUGCUACCCAAGAUUAUUAGUAAGUUAUGGGUUAUUGAGAACAAAGGCGGGGAAGACAGCAGAUUGAAGCGCUGAGAGAGAUCAGCGUGUGGGCAGUGUUCUCACUAGUUUAAUUCUUUGCCAAGAGGAAGAACAAAGUAAUUGUGGGGGGAGGAGAAAGCAUUUUCCAAACUGAAGCUGAGUUGGAAUGCUGAAGGCAGUUAGAUGACAGUAAAGCAGAGCUCUUUCCAGGGAGCAAGUCACUUUCCGGCUGGUUCUGCUCUGAGCUCGGGCUCAGCUCAGGAUUUAGAGAGAAAGCAGCAGGCCUGCGUACACGAGCCUAGCGGAGCCUCGCACCGAGCGCGGGACGGCGCGCACUGAGGAGGCGAGCGCUCAGCGGCGCCGCAGCCCCGCACCCACAGCCGCCCGCCGAGCAGCCGCGCACAUGGCGCCGCCGUCUCCCGCCUGGCUUCACCGCGCACGCUCAAGUGCUCCUCCAGCCCCGCCCUGCGUUGCCGUGGCUACCGCAACGCGCUGCCCGUGCGUGCAGCGCCACCAUGGAGAGCCGCCCGGGACGGGAGGUCCUGCGGGAGCCCUGCAGGGAUGGCACCGGAGCGGGGAGCGCCCCGCGGCGCUGAGCGGCACCCAGCACCUGGCGCGACGGCCGAUGUACUGCAAGCAUUCCUGCAGAAAGGUUAAAAAGUUGAGCUCGCCCUUUGGAGAUGGAAGGUGCCUCGGAGAGCUGCCCCUCAGGUGUUCCAGCAGGAGCACGGGCAGCAGAGCAGCCUCCUGCAGGGCCCAGGCAGGCUGGCAGCACGGAGCCGUCCGGCGAGGCCCUGCUUCACCCUGCUGCCAGCACGAUGCAGGCAGAGGAGGGCUGCAAGCUGCUGGCCUCCUGGGAGCAGGCAGGGGCAGCUCUGCAGGAGGCACCUGGAGAAGGACUCUGUCAUCAGGAGGUGAUGGAUGAUGGCAACCAAGGUGUGCUCGAGCCACAGAACCCCUUCAGUGCGUCACCUGAGAAUGCAUCUCCUGUUGCCGUUACAAAGUCCUCUACAUUACCUGAAUUAAGAAGUUCAGAAAGGGAAGAAGAAACAUCUCAAAAUGCAUCGCUGUCAGAGAAUGUGACAAGUUCAACAGGGACAGGAAGCAUAAUUCAAACUGUUAUGUGGAGUAGGGCUGAAUUUCAUGAAACUACCCAGUCUGAGAAGUUGUGUCUUGACCUGGAACUUUUACCUAGUAAAGCAGCUCAACAGGAUUACCAUAUGCCAGAUGUCAUCACUGUCAGAGUACAGAUGGAUUCUGAGUCAUUCCACGAUGUAGCUGUGAAAAUUGAAAGACCUACUUUUCGUAAACCAUUUCUGGGUGGAUUUAAGAACAGAGUAACAGGAGUGGAAUUUCAUAAUGCAGGGUCACAAACGGUACCCAAAAAAAGACCUGAAAAAGGAACUACAUUAUUUUGUAGAGAAACACAGACAGUUUUUGAAAGAAAUAAAUAUCAACAAACAACAAGCCCAACAUCUACACAGAUGACUAAAAGUGGCCUGUAUGUGUCUAACAAAAGUGACAAACUAAUAACCCCUGGAAAGUACCUAACAGCAGAGGAAUACCAUAAGCGUCGACUUGAAGCAGUAAUAGUAUUACAGAAAUACUUUCGUCGUUGGCAUGCUAGAAAUAUAGUACAAAACCUGAAGGAAAAAAAGAGAUUAAGGCUGGCAUGGGAAGCACAACAAGUGUUACAAAGGGAAAAAGAGAAAGAAGACAAACUGAGAAUGGAGCAGGAGAGAAAACUGAACCCUAAAACCAAAGAAGACUUCGACCUGCUUUACCACGCUUUAGAAUCAUGGAGGCAGGAGGAGACGGAACGGAUUAACAGAACUCUUACUGGAGCUGAAAGAAAGGCAGCACUUUGUGGACUUCUAGAACAAGAGACACAGCUGAUUGCUUCCAUUGGGAGACACAAGCUAAAUGCAGAUGAGGACAAUCAACAGAAAGCAGUGCUGCACUUUCUGGAUAAGUGUGCACAACCUAAGAGAUGGAAAGCAUGUGAUGGAAAAAUCACUGAAAUGGAUACACAAUACACACUCCGUGCCAGAGAACUACUUGAAAUCUACCGCAGUGUUAGCAUGAACGACAUCCCGAAAGACGAGAGAAGAGAUGUGCUGCUAACACUCAGAGGUACAGUGAAGGAACACAAAUGUAAAUUAACACAGGAAAUAGUGGAAUUAAUUGACAGGGAAGUUGAUCUUAUGUCAAUAGAAGUAAAAGAAUGCAACUUAGAAGGACUGAGGAAAAGAAUUUGUACACUAUUUCUUCAGUAUAUUAAAAUUCCGAAGUUUAACCCUGAAGUUGCAAGGAUACUUAAGGUUCCACCAGAUCCCUUAAAGCUUUAUAAAAACGUUCACUUCUGUCGCAGUUGUGAAAAUUACUUACCAGCUACUGAGUUUCCUAUUCCUGCUAAUUCCCGCACCGUUGGCAGAUGUCACUUCUGUUGCAAGCUUGAUAAUGAGGCUCGGCAACGAGAAUCAUUUCUGAAGUACAGACUGAUUCUAGAAAGUCUCAGAAAGUCUGAAGCUGAUUAUAAGGACGAUGCUAGAAUUGUUUUCUUAGUUCAGCAGCAGCAUCUGCAGUACAUGAUUGAGAACAUAUGGGGCUGUCAGUCAGCUCUUAGUUCUUGCAAUGACCUCUAUGAUUUGGUUAUGGUCAGAUGGGAUAAGCAGCAAGAGUGGUCUCCAUGGAACACUAUUCUCCUCACUAAAGAUGAAGCUGAUGCACAUCUUAAGCUGCAUAACCUUCAAGAGGCUUAUGAAGCAUCAUUUAUUCAUGGAAUAAAGCAUAAGCAUAUCCGGGCAAAAAAGUACUUUGCUCAGAUCCCAGUGAUGACAUCACUUUUCCACAGGAGUGACAAGCAGGCUAAUGCAAGUUAAUUUUUAAUAGCUAUCCUUAUUCCUACUCAUAUGAAAACGUAACUCUUCAGAUAACAGGUGUCAAAGAAGUUCACUGAAUUAUUUACUAAUACAAUUCCUCUGCUUUUAAAGAAAUAUGUUGUUUUCCCAACACCUAAACUGCAUUUCAUAGAUCAAAAUAAAAUUCUGAGUAUAAAAUAAUUUGAUCCUUACCAAUCCAUGUAACUGCAUUUCAUGCUUUGUAGCCUCAUUAUUUAAAAGGUAGAUAGUUGAUGGUGAGCUGUUUACAUUCAUGAGCCAUGACUGUUUGGUUAUGUAUGCCUGUGUUACUUGGAAUAUUUUGUUUGCAAACUAAUAUUUUUGAUGAGGUAAUUAAGCUAAAUCUUUGUUGUUUUUUACUUAUAAAAGUAAUAAUAAUUAUAUGAAAUUUA